AUGUUCAUUGGUGGCAAAGGCAAGAUUGGCUAUAUUACUGAUUCUGAGAAAGAGCCAGCUGAGUCAGAGAAGGCAUAUCCACAGUGGUUUGCAGAUAACACUAUGGUUAUGUCUUGGCUAGUCAAUUCGAUGCAACUAAACAUAGCUGUUAGCUAUAUGUUUAUGAAGACUGCUAAGCAGAUUUGGGAUUCAGUUCAACGCACUUAUUCUCAGAGGCAGAAUAAUGCACGAAUUUUCCAGCUGGGGCAAGAUAUCACCAGGAUUUCUCAGGGUGACUUGACAGUUUCAGGUUACAUCGCCAAGCUUCGUGUUAUUUGGGAGGAGAUGUCAUAUUAUAAUUCCUUCCACUCUUGGAAGUAUUCCUAUGAUGCAGUUUUAUAUGCAGGAAUUGUGGAGAAUAAUCGAGUGUUUCAGUUUCUUGCCGGGUUGAACGACGAGUUUAAUUCGGAUUCCCAACCUUUCAGGAACUACACCAUCCCAGUCAAUUCAAAGCACUACCACCAGUCCUCCUCUAGGACGACAACUUGGACGGUGUGA